AUGCCCGGCAUCGAUCCACAAAUCAUCAGCCAUAAGCUAGCAAUAAACUCGGCAGUCCAACCAGUACAGCAGAAGAAAAGGAAACUCGGCGAGGAAAAGAAAAGAGCAUCACUAGAGGAAACCCAAAAGCUCAUCAACGCAGAAUUUAUCAAAGAAAUCAGAUUUACUACCUGGUUAGCCAAUGUGGUAAUGGUAAGAAAACAAAACGUUAUGCCAUUUGGAUUAAAGAACGCAGGUGCAACUUACCAACGUCUUAUGGACAAGGUCUUCGCCAAACAAAUCGGCAGAAAUAUCGAAGUCUAUGUCGAUGAUAUGGUUGCCAAAACAAAAAUUGGAAACAGUCACGUCAGCGACCUUACAGAAAUAUUCGGCCAAAUUCGGCAGUACAACAUGCGCCUCAAUCCCGAGAAAUGUGCAUUCGCCGUUCAGGGGGGUAAGUUUUUAGGUUUUCUACUAACACGCAGGGGAAUGGAGGCGAAUCCAGACAAAUGCCAAGCGGUGCUGGACAUGGCCAACCCAAAAAUAGUCAAAGAAGUUCAGCGCCUCACAGGAAGACUCGCCGCACUAUCCAGAUUUGUUCCCUGCCUAGCUUCAACGUAUGAACCCAGGGGACCGAUUAAGUCCCAAUUCUUGGCUGAUUUUAUUGCCGAGCUUACAGUACCUUCAGAAGAAGACCAUACAAAGCAAUGGACUUUGUACGUUGACGGCUCCUCAAAUAAUGGGGGCUGUGGAGCAGGAAUACGCCUGGAGUCCAAAGAUGGCUUCAUAUUGGAACAUUCUUUACAUCUAGCUUUCAAAGCCAGCAACAAUCAAUCAGAAUAUGAAGCACUAGUCGCCGGACUCCGACUUUGUCUAGAUCUCCAAAUAUCGGCGAUAAAGGAAAGGGAUUGGAGGAACAACUUCAUACAAUAUUUGCAAACAGGUAAUAUACCAGAAGGGGUGGACAAUGUCAAAAAAUUCCGAAGACAAGCAUCUUCCGUCACAAUACUCAAUGGAACAUUGUACAGACGAGGAUACAAUCGCCCAUUACUAAAGUGUCUCAACAAGCCCGAAGCAGACAUUGCACUAGCAGAGGCACAUGAGGGAAUCUGCAGAACACACACAGGCGCACGAAGUUUAGCAUCAAAAAUCCUUCGAGCUAGCUUCUUUUGGCCGACUUUAAACCAGGAUAGCAAACACAAGAUCCGAACAUGUCACAACUGCCAAAAAUAUGCACCACUAAUACACAUUUCGGCCGAGCAACUACAUCACUCUGAUAUCAGCUGGCCUUUCAACCAAUGGGGUUUAGACAUACUCGGUCCGUUUUCGACGGCACCGGGCCAGGUAAAAUUCCUCGUUGUUGGUAUCGAUUAUUUCUCAAAAUGGGUGGAAGCCCAACCUUUGGCCAGAAUGACAUCCCAACAAAUGAUUUCUUUCGUUUGGAAAAACAUUAUUUGUCGUUUUGGAAUACCUCACCAUAUCAUCACUGACAACGGCUGCCAGUUCACUGAUCAGAAAUUUCAAUUUUUUUUGCAGAAUCUCAAAAUAAAACAACAUUUCGCUUCAGUAGAACAUCCUCAAACAAAUGGAUUAGCUGAGGCGGCAAAUAAGAUCAUCCUACAUGCACUUAAGAAAAAGCUAGAUGACGCCAAAGGUCUCUGGGCCGAGCUCAUACCCGAAGUCCUCUGGGGAUAUAACACAACGCCACAAUCAUCAACAAGAGAAACACCCUUCAGGCUGGUAUACGGUUUUGAAGCCAUGAUACCCUUGGAGAUCUCCCAGAGCUCCAUCCGAACUUACCUCGGCAAUCAGGAGGAAGCUCGGAGAUCCGAGCUCGACAUCAUCGAAGAAGUAAGAGACAUCACCACAUUGAAGCAACGUGCAGCACAGCAAGCAAUAGCCCGCCAGUACAACAAAUCGGUUAAAAGCAGAUCAUUUGUGAGAGGAGACUUAGUACUUCGUAGAAUGGAAAGUUCUUGGAAACCACCCUCACAUGGAAAGCUCGCAGCAAACUGGACGGUCCAUACCGAAUAUCAGAAGUACUCGGCAAUGGAGCAUACAAACUCAAAUCAAUAG